AUAGAUAGAACACGUUAAUUCUGUACCGUAGAAGAUAGGUACGGCUUUUGGACAGAAAUUAUUUUUUCUACAAAGAUGGCCGCGUCAACAGAUAUGUCAUUCUGGAUAAAGUUUUUCAAAGAAGCUGGCAUACCAGCAGGAGAUGCAGCAAACUAUGCCGUGACCUUCACUGAUCAUAGGAUCACUCGUGCUAUGUUGUUAGAUCUCACAAAGGAAUACCUCAAUGAUAUGGGUAUAUCAAUUCUCGGCGAUGUCAUUGCCAUCUUGAAAUACGCUAAAACUGUACAUAGUCAGGAUGUGAGGGAUAGAGUGUUGAGAGAUACAUCUACAGUUGAGGUCAUAACUCCUAAAAGAUCUACACCUGCCAGUCGUACUAUAGGUCACUAUAUAGGAAGUGGAGACAGAAGUGCCUCACCAUCCCUCACACCCUCACCUAAAAUAUCUCGAGAACUUUCAGCCAGACUUGGAUCUCCAGCUUUAUCAGCAGAAACCCUCCCAUCACCCUCAACAAUUAAAAUCACAACCCGCAAUAUUCCAAAGGAGGAUGUUCCUGUACCAAAGAAGAACCGACGUGUGUUCCCAGAAGAUGAAGGGCAUUAUACCAUCAACUUACCUCAGGGUACAGCAGCGAAAACAAAGAAAAUCCUGGCUCAGCAAAGACAGCAAGCUGAAUUACAGAGAAUUCGAGCUGAGGAAGAAAAGAAGAGAAUGAGCAGUAAGCAGACAUCUGUGUUUUCUCGACUGGGUAAAGAGAAACCUCAGACAGUGAUCACUUCCUCCUCAUCACAACCAUCAGUGACUAUUACAGGUCUGGGUAACAUCAACAUGCCAAGUUCAUCAGCUGCUCAGCAAUCCAUAUUUGCACGACUUGGUGGUAAGACGACAGUGAAAAGAGCAGCCACCUCAACUGUCACAUUUGAUGAUGAUGAUGAUGAUGUUGUAAGCCCAAGUAGUGGAAUACCUCUAGAAUAUGCUGGUGUACUCAAAGAGUCUCCAUCCAAGAAAGCUAAACUAGAAACUGUGAAAAAGCUCAAAAAGACAGCACACAAAACACUUGCCAAAGCUAAGGUUGUGAAACCAGUGACUGCUGGUGUUCUUGCCAGUGAGUCCUCUCAAUCUGGGAGUAAUGUGAAGUCGAGGCUCGGACCUAAACUGGCAGAGGUUUCCAGUACAACACAAAGCACACCAACUUCCUCAUCAAAAACAUCACAGAAAGGAACUCAGGGAAGACUUGGAAGCAAAAACCUGGAUUCUAUCACAAUUACUGUGGACACAACUUCGAAGGCAAAGGUUGGUUCAGCCUCAUCCAGUACUGCAACAGGUGUGUUCUCAAGGCUAGGCAAACCUAAAUCAUGAGACCAGGCCAUCCCAACUUGUAUUUUCUUCAGCUAAUGGGAUUUGGAACUAAUGGUUGUAUCUGUGUAAUGGACGAUCAUUGAUAGAGCAGUUCCAUGAGUGUUCCCCAUUCUGCUUGACAGCUUAUUCUUAAUGGUUCCUGGCACUGCAAUAACUGAUUGUUCUUUGUGGUUCCUGGCAUUGAAGUUGAUGAUGGUUCCUGGUCCAUGUGACCUUGACUUCAGAUUCCAGCCAGGUGGCGUUACUGUGAUAUUGAAUUGUUUAAAACUUGUGGAACAUGAAAGAAGUAUUCAAGUUGUAUUUGAAAUAACUUUGACCUGAAUCUCAUAAGAAUGUGUUCAAAUUGUCUGUAAACCAGACUGUAUUCAUAUGAGAAUAAAAGUUUAUGUAUUAUGGAGCUGUAUGAAAUUUGUUUGAAGAAUAUAAUUCUGCAGAUAACAAAAAAUGUAAAGAGUUAUAGAAACACAUAUCAUUAUUUUCUGUAACUUUGGCCAUUGACAUUGACAGGCAGUUUUAAAACGAAACAGAAACUGCAUAUUAAAAUGCCUUGUCUUUGUAAGUUUUCUUAAGAAAGCCAAAUUUUGAAAUACACCAAAGUUUGAAUAUUUUACUGCACUGUUUGUAAGUUCUUGGGUAUUUCACCUGUUAUGUAUUUAGUCUUUGCAAGCUGGAUUUCCUUAAAAAAAUCAGUGAUGUAAUUUUUAGAGAUGUUGUUUACUUCUUCAGGCCAUAUUUAUAUCCCCACAAACGAAGUUUGGGGGGUGGUAUAUAGAAGUGAACUUGUCGGUCGGUCUGUCAGUCCGUUGGUUUUCAUGGUUUCCAGACAAUAACUCAUGAAAGGCUUGACAGAUUUAAAUAAUUUUUGGUACACAGGUGUAACAUCAGAAAAAUACAGGUCAAGUUCUACUUUGAGGUUAAUAGGUCGAAGGUCAAUGUCACAAUGACCUGAAACAAACGGUUUCCGGAUGAUAACUUGAGAACGCUUGGGCCAAGGAUCAUGAAAAUUGAUACGGAGGUUGGUCAUGACCAGCAGAUGACCCCUAUUGAUUUUGAGGUCAGUAGGUCAAAGGUCAAGCAAGUUCGGCUUUGACAUUGGCUUAGUUCUGUGACAAGGCCAUAUUGUGGAGGUAUAAUUUGUCACUUCUGUGACAACUAUUUAUAGCUGACCUGAGCCAGUAGUGUUGAAGGAUGAACUGUUUCUGUUCAGAUUUUCGUUGAACAGUUCCCAAGUGGAUCUAGGACAACUUAUGUUUGAAAAGAAUUGAAUCCACUUUUUCACCAUUACACGUUCGUAAAAGGCAACAAAUAAAGAGUCUGAACACUUGAUGGUUAAGUUCUUUUUUGCACCUUAUAACCUGGUGGUGUGUGGUAAAACGGAAAUAAACUUUGCUCAGACAAAAUCUCCUUAGGUAGAAAUGAACUUGGCGUGGAUUUUCCACCAGUGGUUGUUUUCUGAUGUCUAGAUUAUUUCAUAGAUAAGUUCUUUGAGUUUUAUGAAAGUUGUUGUUAAUAUCAAUUAUUGAAUUCCUGGUAUUUAUUUUAUACAUAAUACAUGUGCUCGCAAAGAAUGACAGCUGUUGCUUCAAGCAAGUACUUACAAAUAAAGGUAACUAACUCUUGAUAAUCUGAUAAUAAAAUGAGGUAUCACUGAGUAUUUAGGCUCGUAAGAAAAUGUUGCAUAUAUGAACAAGUGUUGUAGUACAUAGCAGGUAGGAUUAGUAAAUGUGUAAUUAUAUUAAUCUGUAUUAUCCAUGCCUAAUUAGUUUGGCUUGUUUUCUAUAUAUGUUUUUAUUAGAACUUUGAGAAAUCUUACCAGAAUAAUGUGACUCAAUAUUAUUGUUCCUUGUGGGACUAUCACCCUGAUUGUUAAUGCAGGGUUGUUUUUUUAUGCCCCCGAAGGGAGGCAUAUAGUUUUUGAACUGUCGGUCUGUCAGUCUGUCAGUCUGUCCGCAAUUUUCGUGUCCGGUCCAUAUCUUUGUCAUUGAUGGAUGGAUUUUCAUAUAACUUGGCAUGAAUGUGUACCACAGUAAGACGACGUGUCGCGCGCAAGACCCAGAUCUGUAGCUCAAAGGUCAAGGUCACACUUAGACAUUAAAGGAUAGUGCAUUGAUGGGCGUGUCCGGUCCAUAUCUUUGUCAUCGAUGGAUGGAUUGUCAAAUAACAUGGCAUGAAUGUGUACCAUAGUAAGACGCCGUGUUUCGCGCAAGACCCAGGUCCGUAGCUCAAAGGUCAAGGUCACACUUAGACGUUAAAGGAUAGUGCAUUGAUGGGCGUGUCCGGUCCAUAUCUUUGUCAUCCAUGGAUGGAUUUUUAAAUAACUUGGCAUGAAUGUGUACCACAGUAAGACGACGUGUCGCACGCAAGACCCAGGCCCGUAGGUCAAAGGUCAAGGUCACACUUAGACAUUAAAGGUCAUUUUUCAUGAUAGUGCAUUGAUGGGCGUGUCUGGUCCAUAUCUUUGUCAUUCAUGCAUGGAUUUUAAAAUAACUACGCAUAAAUGUGUGACACGUGUCCGCGCAAGACCCAGGUCCGUAGGUCAAAGGUCCUAAACUCUAACAUCGGCCAUAACUAUUCAUUCAAAGUGCCAUCGGGGGCAUGUGUCAUCUUAUGGAGACAGCUUUUGUUUUAACUUGCUUAAGCUGUGAAACUUGGGUGAGCAGUCUAGGGCCAACAUGUUCCUCUUGUCUAAAUGUUAGAAAGGCGAGGAAAGAAAUAUCACACUAGCUCAUAUUACAGUUGUUGUUUAAUUCAUUGCGUUUAUUCUGUAAUUUUGUAUGUUAAUUGUUAAACACGAUAUCUAAAGGCAGAAUGAGUUUUUGUGUCAAGUUUUAUUGACGAUGGAACAUGCAAAAGGUAGGAUGGGUUGUUUUUUUUGUCUCAAGUUUUAAUGACAUCAAGGAACAUGCUCUUGAGAGAACAUGGAGGUGACGAUUUUGUAUAUUUUGCUCUGUUUAAUUACUUUAUGAUUUAUUUAGCAACCCAAAUUUUGUGUUUGCAUAUUUAUUUUCAAAGGUUAUAUUCUGGCAGAUAGUGGGCCAGCUUCAAAUACUAGAUGUAGCUAGCAAUAAGAUAAAUUAUUUUAGCAAUAUAAUACCAAAAAUCAA